AUGAUGAUAGGUGCCAGGGCACAGGAUGGAGGACAACAGAUGAAGGGAGGUCGAAAAAGAAUCGGAAAGCCUGCUUUCAAACUGGAAACUGACGGAGAUGGGAUGCCAUUGCUUCCAGACAUCACUGAAAUGAAACUCAAGGAGAAGAAGGCCAUAGUGAGGGCAUUUCUUACAUCGCACUAUCGUGUGGACUUGAAGGAGCCUUCAAAGUCGCAAAAUUGGGACACUACAGCCUUACUCAAUUUCUGGCAUGCUCAGCAGGAGAAAGGCAAAGGACCAACAUUCCUGUUCAAAGCAUGGAAGAACAAAGAUGGAGACAUGCUGAUGGUAGAUCCCCACAAAAGAGACCCAGAAGAGAGCCAGGUCCUUCAACAGCACAUGAAGGGACAGCAGUCCCAUGUGCAAUUCCAAAGCCUUGCCCAGUCAAGCCGGCGAAAACUGGUGCACUGCUGA